AUUUCGUUUAUAACAUUUAUUAACAAAAUCUUAUUAGAAAACACCACGCCUUUUAAAGUACCUGAAUUCAUCUUAAUCAUUAUCUUUGUUAUCUAUAUACCUGAGAUGAGCUCAUUCCACUUUGAAUCUUAAGUGGGUUGAGUGAGCGAUAUUUCCUUCUUUUUAUAUAAAGAAAACGUUGGCGUUUUAAUAAAUUAGUUCUUAAUUAUACAUAAUUGUAAAAGAAAAUGAGGGAAAUCGUCCACGUGCAAGCCGGCCAAUGUGGUAAUCAAAUCGGGUCGAAAUUUUGGGAAAUAAUUUCCGAUGAGCAUGGGAUUGACCCCAAAGGGAUUUACCGAGGAGACACCGAUCUCCAAUUGGAAAGGAUUAACGUUUACUACAACGAAGGAAACGGUGGAAAUUACGUUCCACGCGCAGUUUUGGUCGAUUUAGAACCCGGCACGAUGGAUUCAGUGAGAUCCGGCCCAUACGGGCAACUUUUUCGCCCGGAUAAUUUCGUUUUUGGCCAAUCUGGAGCUGGUAAUAUUUGGGCUAAAGGUCAUUACACCGAAGGGGCUGAAUUAGUCGAUUCGGUGUUGGAAGUAAUCAGAAAAGAGGCCGAAUCAUGCGAUUGUCUCCAAGGUUUUCAACUAACUCAUUCUUUAGGUGGCGGAACUGGGUCGGGGAUGGGAACUUUGCUUAUUUCAAAGAUUCGGGAGGAGUACCCUGAUAGAAUUAUGAAUUCUUACUCGGUUGUGCCAUCUCCGAAGGUGUCUGAUACCGUAGUUGAACCUUACAACGCCACUUUGUCUAUUCACCAAUUGGUUGAAAACACAGACGAAACGUUUUGCAUCGAUAACGAAGCCUUGUACGAUAUUUGUUUUAGAACGUUGAAGUUGUUAACGCCUAAUUACAGCGAUUUAAACCAUUUGGUGUCGCUUACCAUGUCUGGGGUCACUACUUGUCUUCGUUUUCCGGGUCAAUUAAACGCCGAUUUAAGGAAACUCGCCGUUAACAUGGUGCCUUUCCCUCGGCUUCACUUCUUCAUAACCGGAUUUGCUCCAUUAACCGCUAGGGGAAGUCAAGCAUACAGAGCAUUAACAGUACCGGAACUCACCCAACAAAUGUUCGACUCCAAAAACAUGAUGGCAGCUUGCGAUCCUCGCCACGGACGAUACUUAACGGUAGCCUCCAUCUUCCGCGGUAGGAUGUCCAUGAAAGAAGUGGACGACCAAAUGCUUAGCAUACAAAACAAAAACAGCAGUUAUUUCAUCGAGUGGAUCCCGAAUAAUGUUAAAACAGCCGUUUGCGACAUCCCUCCAAGAGGGUUAAAAAUGGCUUCGACUUUCAUCGGAAAUUCAACAGCCAUUCAAGAGCUAUUUAAGCGCAUCUCCGAGCAAUUCACAGCUAUGUUCCGUAGAAAGGCCUUCUUGCAUUGGUACACCGGCGAGGGCAUGGACGAAAUGGAAUUCACCGAAGCCGAAUCAAACAUGAACGAUUUAGUGUCCGAAUACCAACAGUACCAAGAGGCCGCCGUGGAGGACGAAUUCGAUGACGAACAAGAGGGUGAACUAGAAAACGAAGAAAAUUAAUCAUUAUUAAAAUUAACCAAAAAAAUUUAUGACAUGGAAAUUGUGUAUGUUGGGUUGGAUAAGUGAUUAAUCGAUAUUGCGUUUGUAAUUUAAUUUGUUUAAUAAAAAAAAAUGUUUAAAU